AUGUUCGAAUACUUAUUAGCUUUACUAUUCGUCGUAUUUGUGGCUCUAAAAAUAAUGUUCAGAAUUCCAAAAAAACCAUUCCGGCUAACACAAUUACCGCACAUCGCAUUCAAAAAUAUAAUCAAUAUUAUGGAUAUUAAUGGAGUAAUCAAUCUGGCGAAGAGCUCAAGAAGUGUUCGAUGCAAACUGAAACAAGCAAAUCGUAAAAUUUUCAAAAUAAUAAUAGAAUGCCACGAAGACGUUUUUACCCAUGAAGAUUCAGGUAUCUUGAUUCGAAGAAUAAUAGUUCUAGAAAGUGAAGAAAGUAUUCGAUUUGUGUAUUACUUUAUGAUGAAAGAUGCACGAGAAAAAAAUGUCGGCUGGUUCCUUUCAUAUGACGUCAAUUUUUUGAUCAAUUGUUUUUGCACGUUCUUCAAAAGAAAAAACUAAUUGCCGUGUUUGCCUUAUAAAACUUCACAACAAUUGACAGAUCUUUUGGAUUGCUUGCACAAUUCUUUUUCAAUAAAUCAUGUCGAUUUGGCAAUUGAUCGGGAUCUAUUCUUCGGAGAAUUUCGAUCCGUGUUAAGCCACCCGUUAAUUCGAAAAUGCCAUCAUCUCAAAAUUCUUGGAGAUAAUUCGUACAUUACGACAGAAGAUAUGGAAUUUAUUUUGAAGAAUUUCGAUUUGAAAUAUGAAUUUCUGACUCGCUGUCUGCAAAAAACAAUGAUUGAUUUUAAAUUGUUGGUCAAUCUUCCACGAUUAGAGUUUUGGAAAGACUCAGAUUUAACAUUGGACCAUUUAAAAAUGAUGAAUUGCAAAACGAUUCGAUUUGGUAAAAAUGCAAUCGUACCGAAACAACUGAACGACUACAUUUUUCACUGGUUAGCCGGGAACUUGUCAAAAUUGAGAAGAUUUCAAAUGAAAUGGUGGCUCGAUAGUAUUUGGAUGGAUGAUAUAUUUGAUGGAUUACUGCAUUCUGCAUGGAAUCCGAAACGACGGGCUAGAAUCUUCUGCGAUGAUCUAGAAGAAGUGGAUUGUUCAAAAGGACGAGAUAUCGAAAGAAGUGAUGGUCUACUUGCAACUAUUUUAAUUGAACCUAAAGUAAUGUACUUUCUCGUUUGGCAUGAGAGAUUUCCGAGGAACUCUUCGAACACAGACAAUUGAACUCUGUACUUUUGUUUUAUUGAUUUUUUGCAAUGUUCUGAAAUUCAGUGUUUUCCUUUCCUAAUAUUUUUAAACGAUUCGGA